GGAAUGGCUGAAGUGGUGAGCUUUACAGUGCCUGCCGGCUCUGACAAGACGCUGUUUGUGUGGGAGCUGAGCCCCGGGCCUGGGGCCGAGGCCCUGCAUCACUCUUUGUUCACAGUGUUCUCUCAGUUUGGCCUUCUCUAUUCAGUCCGUGUCUUUCCAAAUGCUCCUGAGGUCACUCCUGGAUUCUAUGCCAUCAUCAAGUUCUAUUCAGCAAGAGAUGCCUACAGAGCUCAAAAGGCAUGUGAUCAGAAACAACUGUUUCAGGAAUCUCCUGUGAAAGUCCGUCUUUGCACUAGACGCAAGAUGCAUCAGUAUCCCGCCUAUCCACUCAGCAGCUUCAAAUGCCAGGAGCUGGCCAAUUACUACUUAGGUUUCAAUGGAUGGUCAAAACGAAUCAUCAUGUUGCAGGAGCUUUCUGACUUCAAAGUAAAGCAAAACACAAGCCCCACCAAGUCGUCGGCAAGACAAAGUCUAAAGUACUUCUGUGCUUUAGAAGUGGUGUUUCCAGCCUACGAGUGUCGAAGUCAUGGUGCUGGCAUUGCAGAAGAAUACUUGGAGCAACAAGAAGGUCCAUUAGAGUUUCUUAUGAAAAAGAAGAAAACUCAGAAGCUGGCCAUUCAGAAAGCUUUAUCAGAUGCAUUUCAAAAAUUCCUGAUGGUGGUUUUAGAGAGUGGUAAAGUGGCUGUGGAAUACAGACCCACCGAAGGAGAUUCUGCAGCAGAAGAAUUCAAGGACUUGGUUCAAGUCAAUGAUGUUUCUUGGAAUCAGUCCUACCAAGGGGAAGAAGAAUGUCUCUCUGAUUUUAGCCUGGAUGAAGACUGAUCAAACCGCAGCUAGAGGCAAAUUUGCCCUUCCCCGUCCCGUCCCUGCUGGGCACAGCACACCCCCGACACACCGUGGGGUUUCACGAGGCAUGGAUGGGGACACACUUGCAUCCUAGCCCAUCCUGUCAUCGGGGCAGCAGGAUGAAGCUGAGGGGGCGGGAGAGAUGGACCGAGGUAUAGAACUUGUGCCUGUUUGGGUUUUUUUAGAGAGGUGUGGGAGUGGGGCCAAGGUUGCCGCCCCCCCUUUGAGAGGAGGACUGAAGUUGACCUGUACCUCCACUGAAGUGGGGCGUUUGGGGCGUGGAGACUCCCCUACUGCUCUUACUAGGAAUGUGUGACGUUGGGAGUGCCAGGGAGAAGGCUUGACCCUGCGCUUUGUGGCAGCCAGGCAGGCCCCCACCCCCUCCACCCUGCCCUCAUUGAUUAAAUAAAAGAUUAAGGAUUU